AUGGCUAUUGAUUAUUCAAAGUGGGAUAAAAUUGAGAUUUCGGAUGAUUCUGAUAUAGAAGUUCAUCCUAAUGUGGACAAACGGUCCUUUAUUAAAUGGAAGCAGCAGUCGAUCCAUGAGCAAAGGGCCAAGAGGAAUCAGGACAUCAAAAACUUGGAGUUCCAGGUUGAAAUGUAUAACCACUUAAACAAAAGAGUGGAUAAGUUGAUGUCUCAGUUAAGUGACACAGAUUUGCUAUCGAUGGAUGUUGUAUCCAGGUUCUUAAAUGAAAACUUUGACAAGAAUGAGAGAGGUUCUGGUGAGAAUGUUGAUCCUGAUAUGCCACCAUAUAACGAAAUGGUUGAAGAUUUGUUUGAACAAUUGAAAAUGAAUGCCAAAGAUGAAAACAAGAACCCUAAUGAUGGAACCGUGAUUCGAGAGAUGAUGGAAAAGCACAGAGAAAAAAUUACUAAGGUGACUUCAGAAGCUAAGGUUAAGUUACAAGAGUUAUACAAAGAGAAGGCGUUGCAUAUUUCAUCGGAUGAUAUACAUACCGGGUUUGAUAGGAGUAUUAUCAAUAAAAACUCCGGUGAAGACAACGAAUCCGCUCAGUAUAUUCCUAAGACCGCGAGUUCAGAGUCUGCAAAUUCCAUUCCAAAAUCUAUACUUGCUAACCAGCUAAUGGAGUUCAUUGACUACAAGGAUGAUACCAUGAAGCUGGCUCCUGAAACAGAAAAAUUUGGCUCAAUUCCUUGGAUAGAAUAUAAAAAGUCUGAAAAAUUUCUCUUAGAACACUUACCUAUUCUUUCGGAGCAACAGAAGGAUGCAUUGAUGAUGAAAGCAUUUGAAUAUCAGAUGGGUGGUGAUGAAAAGAUGGCUUACCAAGUUAUUCAUCAAUCCGAAUUGAUGUCGUAUAUUCGUGAAAUAUAUUCCAUGAAAAAGAUACCAAAUUUGCAUGUUAGAGAGCUAACUGAAGUUAUCAACAUGUUUUUUGAGAAAGUGUUCUACAAGAAUACGGGCGCUUCAGGUAAAAGAUCGUUUUUAGACUCGGUCAAUUCUAAGUUUGAGCAUGUUAAGCAACGUUGUAAAGUAUUGGAGAAAGAACAAGCGACGGAAGCCGCGGAAGGUGGUGUGGAAACCAUCCAACUAAAAUCGUUAGACGAUUCUACUGAAUUGAAAGUGAACAUCCCCGAUUUUGAAUCUAAGGAUCCUCAAGAACAGCAGAAAGUUCAAGCCUUCUAUAAAUUACCAAAAAAUAUGCAAGAAGCUGUUAAAACACAAAGCUUAGAUGCUAUUAAUGAGGUAUUUGCCAGCAUGCCAAUUGAAGAAGCAGAAAGUAUCUUGGAUGUUUUUAAUGAAAGCGAGAUUAUUGGCAUAAAUGCCUUAUUGGAGGAUGAAAAUGAAUUUAAAGAACUUCAGGAGCACUAUAACAACGAGAAAAACAUGGAAACCCUGUCUAUUGACAAAGAAAAAAAUGAUAAUAUAACAUUAGGUGACUCUAGCAACAUUGUGGAUUGA